UGCAUGAGAACAUGACUUCUAGAAACGGCAUUCUCAUCACACACAGCAAUGCGACCUACAUCCCAUCGCCUCUGAUACCAGGGUUUACAGGACAUGUCCCUACCACCAAGUUUUUGUGUGGGGACACAUUUGGGAAGGCAAGCAUCAAGUAUUUACAGGAUGUCCGCUAUGCAUCUAUGGCUUGCCAUGCAAGUGAUUACAGUAAAGGUGGCAUGUUUCCUUGCAUCUACUCGAAUGAUGGAUCUCUGAUCACUGUGCAUCACUCACAAAGCAGAUACCCAGCCUUCCGCCCGACCUACGGGGCACGUUACAACGUCGAUUUCAAACGGCAAGGGCAAAUAAAGCUUUUUAAUCAGCUGGCACAGAAACACAGGGAGUACUACAAAGAUAAGACUGGCGUACGACACCCUGUGAGUUUCUUCAUAAUGCCAACGAUGGACUGUGAGAAGUAUUUAUGAUCCCUCAUAAGUCCCCUGAAGCAGUUACAGCAUGAUUAUUUCAGUGUUGCUUGCUGAUACAGCACUUUUGGGGAACUAUGGUUUGGUGCUCUGGUAUCCCUGGAGAAAUGAUGUUGGAUUUGCACUGAAUAGCUUAGAUUUAGUGGUAAGAAUACAAUAGAAACUGGAGAGGUUUAAUUUUGUAGUAAUGUCUUUGUUCUUUGUAGAAAAAU